AUGGCUCCGCAAAAUAAUAAUUAUACUUCUAAUCUAGAGGAUUCUGCUGAUUACAAUGGUUCAAAUCCUGAUCAAAACACUGAAGCGUCUGUGAAUAAUCGUUCUUCGCCGUCUUCACUAUUUUCUGGAAUCAAAUCAGUAGCCUUUGAUGUAUCUUCUUACUGGGCAAAUAAACUUUAUGAUGCAGUUCGAGAUCCACGAGCUUAUUAUAAGCAUUUACUAGAUGUCGCAAGCAACUACGAACAAUGGUCUGAAGCGGCAAAAAUGCUAGAUCAGCUUGAAGGAAAAGAUCAGUGGAAGAACGAUGCAAAAUCACCUGAUUAUGAUUAUGAUCUAUUGCAACAACGUCUCCAACAAUUAAAAAAAGCACGCAAAUCCGGUGAUUUAUCACAUAUGACUUUUUUAUUAAAAACUUCAUUGGCAAGAAAUUUAGGUGAUAUGGGUCAACCAAAGUUGUACGCAUAUACACAUAUUGGCACGAAAAGAUUAAUAGAAAGUUAUAUAGCUGAAGUAGUAAAACAAAUGAAUAUCUUGUGUGACACGGAGUCCGAUGAUAUAUCAACUAAAGACAAACUUGAAUUCUUUAUUAACACAAGACAAUCUUUUGGAAGGACCGCCCUUUUAUUAAGUGGAGGAGGGCUUGCACAUAUUGGAGUGAUCAAGUGUCUAUAUGAAUGUAAGCUUUUACCUCGCAUCAUUUCUGGUGCAUCAAGUGGAUCUAUUUUUGCUGCUCUUUUAUGCACAAAGACGGAUGAUGAAAUUCCCGAAACUCUUAGAACACUUAGUUCUUCUGAAUUUCAUUUGGAGGUAUUUGAAAGAUCGUCAGAGCCGGACACAUGGUUGAUGAGAAUUAAUAGGUUUCUUAAGCAAGGUGUAUUAUUCGACGCUGAUAUUUUGAAAGAAUGCAUGCGCCGCAAUAUUCCAGAUAUGACUUUUCAGGAAGCAUAUAACCGAACUCGAAGAAUAUUGAAUAUUACCGUAAGCACUUCCACAGUGUAUGAAAUGCCGCGUCUUCUUAACUAUCUAACAGCUCCUGAUGUGAUUAUUAGAAGUCCCUCACCGAUUGUAAUUAUUUGCAGUGCGGCAUCUUGCUCUAUUCCCUGCAUAUAUAACUCUGUUCCACUGAUGGCAAAGGAUAAAACGGGUAAAGUAGUCCCAUGGAACCCUUCAGGUCAUCGAUGGAUUGAUGGAUCCGUUGAGAAUGAUUUACCAAUGAAUAGGCUUUCUGAGCUGUUUAACGUAAAUCAUUUUAUUGUGUGUCAAGUGAAUCCCCAUGUUGUACCAUUUUUACAAAAAAAAUUGAUUCCUUCGCCAGUUAGCCGGUUAGUUGGGUGGUUUUUAUUUUUGGCGAUUUCUGAAUUAGAACACAGAUUAACUCAGCUGAGUGAAUUUGGUGUUAUGCCGAGCUUAUUGUAUCGAACAAAGGCUAUCAUGUCGCAACGAUAUUAUGGUGACAUCACGAUUGUCCCAAACAUUUCAUAUACUGAUUUUUUUAAAAUCUUAUCUAAUCCCACUCCUGAGUUGGUUCAAGAAGCUACUUUAAGGGGUGAAAGGGCCACAUGGCCUAGUAUCCUUCCAUUAUUAAGUUUAAUGUAA